AUGGCUCCUAUUACUAAGUUUGCUGUUGCUCUCGUCGGAUGCCUGUCCAGCCUGGCGCUGGGAGCUCCGACUGCAACCAGCAAUGACGCAAAGCUUCUGGGAAAACGCGCAAGCAUCAACGAUGCCGCCACGGGAUAUGCCAGCCAGAACGGCGGCACCAAGGGAGGUGCUGGUGGUACUACAACCACUGUCUCGUCCUACGCUGCUUUUACCUCCGCUGUUUCUGGCGAUUCCGCCAAGGUGGUCGUCGUGAGUGGUGCCAUCACUCAGACAGCCGAUCAGGUUCGUGUUGGAAGCAACACUAGUAUCAUCGGCAAGGAUGCAAACGCCAUCUUGAGUGGAUUCGGAAUCCUGGUCAAGGAGAAGUCCAACGUCAUCAUUCGCAACUUGGGUGUGAAGAAGGUACUGGCCGAAAACGGCGAUGCCAUUGGAAUUCAAUUGUCUACCAAUGUGUGGGUUGACCACUGCGAUGUCUCUUCUGACAUGGACCACGACAAGGAUUAUUACGAUGGACUGAUUGAUAUUACCCAUGCCGCUGACUAUGUCACUGUGUCCAACACCUUCCUCCACGACCACUACAAGGCAUCUCUGGUCGGACACUCUGACAGCAACGGCGCCGAGGACACCGGCCACCUGCGCGUUACCUACAGCAACAACUACUGGUACAACAUCAACUCUCGCGGUCCCUCCUUCCGUUUCGGUACCGGCCAUGUCUACAACAGCUACUACUUGGAUGUUGCCGAUGGAAUCAACACUCGCCAGGGCGCCCAGUUGCUGGUUGAGUCAAACGUCUUCUCCGGAAGCAAGAAGCCUCUUUACUCUACUGACGGUGGCUAUGCUGUCUCCAAUGACAACGACUUCGGCACAGGGUCUAACACUGCUUCUGCUGGUACCUUGACGUCCGUGCCCUACAGCUACAGUCUGCUCGGAUCUUCCAAGGUCAAGAGCGCUGUUGUUGGAACUGCUGGUCAGACCCUUUCCUUUUAA